AUGUCGCUGUUUACCCAAAUAGCCCGACUGGCUCGGGCGCAGCCUCGCAUCCACCUCAUCACUCCGCGCCGCUCCAUCGGCUCCGUCAGCGCAAUCGACUCGAGUAUCUUUCGCACGCUGUUUGGAACAGAAGAAAUCCGCAAGGUCUUCGACGAUGAAGCAUACAUCAACCGCUGCAUCGACGCCGAGGCCGCCCUCGCGCGGGCCCAAUCGCGCUGCAACGUGAUCCCGCCACAAGUCGGGGAGAUGGUCACGCAGAAAGCCAUCCAUUCCAAGCUCGAUCUCGACCGGCUGCGGCGCGAGACCGAGAUCGUGGGCUACCCGAUCCUCCCGCUGGUGCGGCAGCUAUCAGCGAUGUGCGGCGAGGAGGCCGGGCGGUACGUGCACUGGGGCGCGACCACGCAGGACAUCAUGGACCUCGCCAGCGUGCUGCAGAUGAAAGAAGGUCUCGUGAUCGUGGAGCGGCUGCUGCGCGACAUCAUCGCGACGCUGCGCGAGCUGUCGGCCAAAUACCGCGACACGCCGAUGGCCGGACGCACGCACCUCCAGCACGCGCUCCCCGUGACGUUCGGGUACAAGUGCGCGGUCUGGCUGUCCGGGUUCCAGCGGCACCUGGAGCGGCUGGAGCAGCUCCGCAGCCGGACGCUGCUGGUGCAGUUUGGCGGGGCGGCGGGAUCGCUGGCGUCGCUGGGGGACGGCGACGACGGGCUGCGCGUGCGGCGGGCGCUGGCCGAGGAGCUGGGACUGGCGGACCCGCCGAUCACCUGGCAUGUGGCGCGCGACGGGGUCGCGGAGAUAGCGAACUUUCUGGCGCUGAUGGGCGGGUCGAUGGGCAAGCUUGCGCUGGAUAUUAUUGUCAUGUCGUCGAACGAGCUGGGCGAGGUGUCGGAGCCGUUUGUGCCGCACCGCGGAGCGUCGUCGACGAUGCCGCAGAAGCGGAAUCCGAUCUCGAGCGAGGUUAUUCUUGCGGCGUCGAAGGUGCUGCGGUCGAAUGCUGGGCUGGUUCUGGAUGGGAUGGUCGCUGAUUUCGAGCGUGCGUCGGGGCCGUGGCAUCUGGAGUGGGUUGCGGUGCCGGAGAGCUUUGUGAUUGCGGUGGGAGCACUGUCGCAGACGCAUUUUGCCCUGUCGGGGCUGUGUGUGCACAGUAAGCAGAUGCUUGAUAAUCUGCACUCGACGAAGGGGUUGAUUGUGGCGGAGGCCGUGAUGAUGGGGUUGGCGCCGCAUGUCGGCCGCAACAAGGCGCAUGAUAUUGUCUACGAGGCGUGCAGGGAAAGCAUCGAGAAGGACCGCACACUGUUGGAGUGUUUAUUGGAGAAGCCAGAGGUGACUUCGAAGAUGAGCACGGAGGAGGUCAGCAAGCUGUGUGACCCUGUCAACUAUUUGGGGGCAUCUGGCCGGAUGGUGGACGACGUGCUUGCUGUGGACUAA